ACACUGGAUGCAUUCAGUUUUCCCCUGCAGAUAUGUCAGAGUUUAAAGUGAGUGCAGAUACAGAGGCAGCUUCCUCAGACCCAGGUCAACAGCAGAGCACCAUCCACUGCGUGAGUGAAGAGGAACUGGCCAAGUUUGUGUCUCUGACACCUCUGUCCAAAACACUGCAGGAGAUACAGGAAUCACUCCAGACUCUCGCCCACACGCCCAAGACAGAGGACGUAAUUAUCAGCCCAGCAGAGAGUGAACUGUCGCACCUGAUCCCUGUUGCCCUUGACAACCUUUCCCCACAGCAUUUCGCUGUCUUCCUGUUUGGCUGCCAUGUUGUGCGUUUACUGAGCAGAGCUUUUUCCUUCCCCCCUGUCAUGCUGCUCUUGGCCAGGACAGUGCCAGUCUCUCACUGUGAUAACUUGCUGGCCUACUGCCAUAAAGACUUUUAUUAUGACACAGCCAAUCAAAUUCUGUACAUCCUAGAGAAGAAGCUUCAAAACGCUGGCCAGUUCAUCUCCAUUCUCUUACACUCAAUGGCCUACAUAACCUCAGGCUCAGAAUCUCUUGAAUUCAUAAAAGCCUUCCACUUGGCUGUAUCGGCAUUAAGCAUGCAGUUGUUUCAUCACUCUUUCACUGAGGACCAGAGGAAAGGAAAGAUGAUUGAGGAAAACACACAGAAGGCCUUUGGAACAUUAGUAGAGGACUUCUUCACUGUAAAAAUACCCACUGAAACCCAUUUCGCUGAGCACCUGCUGGCAGAGAGACUUCAAGUAUAUAAAUACUUCAAGUUGGAACAGCUUCUCCAGGAACUAAAACCAACCCUGAAAGACAGACAUGGAGAUGGACGAGGGCAAACUGGCCUAAAGACUCAAGUCCCAGUGCUGUGUGUGGAAAGAGAAAUAAACAGACUUGAUGAAGUUUACCAGCAGCUCUCCUCUGAACUCCUCAGGGCAACACACAUACGCAGCCCACCGGAGAAGAAAGAGUCCAGGUUUGACAAACCGCUUCAGGAGCAGCAGAUGAUGCUGGAGCUGCAGAAGUGCACGGUGGAUCAGAGACUGAAGGAGAUGAGAGACAGACUUUCUAAACUGAGCUCAAGCCAGCGAGCGAGUCCUAAUGAAGACAGACCAGCUCACGGCACAGUCCUGGCUCAGGAAGAUAGCCAGACACCCAGUAAACGCAAACCAGACAGCGGAGGACCAGAGAAACAGACACCUGCUGCAGGACAGUCCAGCAACAAGAAAAAGCAAAGCAAGCAUAUGGACAAAGAUGAGGAAAAGGGUGUGACUGCGUGA